GUGUGGCGUCGAGCUUGACGCAGCCGCAGCUGGCAGUAUUUAAAACGUGCGAGGGUCUCGUUAAAGCGGAGUUUCGCUGCUUCCACACCGCUCAGACAGCGCCGCUCACCCCCGUUGCAGACAUCACCCUGAACCCGUUGUACUUCUGAGUCUCUCUCGGAGUGACAAUGGCAGACAGCUCGCACUGUUUCUACUGUCGGGAGGACCUCGGGGGAAAGAGGUUCGUCCGCAACGAAGGCAAGCCGGUGUGCGUCCGCUGCCACACCAAGUUCUGCGCCAACUCCUGCGCAGAGUGCCAUCGACCCAUCCCUGUGGAAUCAAAGGAGCUCAGCCAUAAGGGCCGGUACUGGCAUGAGGAGUGUUUCCGCUGUGCAAAGUGUUACAAACCUCUGGCCAAGGAGCCCUUCAGCACCAAGGAUGACCGCAUCAUGUGUGGGAAGUGCUGCUCCAGAGAGGAUGCUCCACGCUGCCACGGCUGCUAUAAACCCAUACUGGCUGGCACAGAGAGCGUGGAGUACAAAGGGAACUCGUGGCACGAUGAGUGCUUCACCUGUUGCAGCUGUAAACGGCCAAUUGGAUCGCAGAGUUUCCUCUCCAAAGGAAGUGACGUUCACUGCAGCCCCUGCUAUGACAAGAAGUUUGCCAAACACUGUGUCAGCUGCAAAAAGCCUAUAACCUCUGGAGGGGUGAACUACCAGGACCAGCCGUGGCACGGCCACUGUUUCGUGUGCAGCUCCUGCUCAAAGCCUCUGGCGGGGUCCAGUUUCACCAACCACCAGGACCAGGUCUUCUGUGUCGACUGCUACAAGAACUCUGUGGCAAAGAAAUGCAGCGGCUGCCAAAACCCCAUCACAGGUUUCGGUAAAGGAGUGAACGUGGUGAACUAUGAAGGCAGCUCCUGGCAUGAAUACUGCUUCAACUGCAAGAGAUGCUCCCUCAGUCUGUCCAACAAGCGUUUCAUAGCCAAGGGGGGAGACAUCCUCUGCACCGACUGUGGCAACAAGUAGAGAAGGAGAGCCUGGUCAGCGUCUCGCAGCGGCUUAUAUAGUCAUUAUGUUUUUCUGUUGUUCUCAAAUAAAUGCCAGAGUCUCCAUUUCAAUAUCUUGUUCGAUAUUUGUUGAGUUUUUGGCAGAUGGCCCAAGAAGUGACGGACACAUCGGGACCAAAAUGUAAUUAGGGGUCCACUGUUGAUUGUUUGCUCCGAUGCUGCAUGCUAACACUAAAACAUGCACUGUGCUGAGUGAUGGUCAAGAAAAAAGAUACCUAAAUACACAACACACAGUACUACAACACAUAAAAACGAUGUAAUGUAGUGUGUUUUGUUUUUUUUACUGAAUGCAUUAUUCACCUGAAUUACAAAAACUACUGAGGUAAUGACGCUGUACGUGAUUCUACAGGUCAUGACAAACGUUUUCACUUUAAAAAGUUACGCUAACACUGAUUUCUUCACUGAUCUUCACAUUCAUUCAACACAGUGUGUGCUGAAGUGUUAGCAUGCAACCACAGGGCACUGUGUGUGUACAUGAAUUGGGUUUGUUUUAAUUGUAUCUUUUAGCACAAAAAUAAGAGCUUAUGUUUGUGGCAUUAAUGUAUUUUAUGUUCCUGAAAGGUGAUAUUUUCUUAUGAACAACAACUGUUUUUUAAAUAACCAAAAUCAUAUCUAUAUUUGUAAUUGCUAACUGCUAAGUGAUUACUUUGCUUAUUGUAUGUUUUAAGUACUUUUAUGCACUUUUCUUAACCAUUUUCCCUCCAUGACAGAGGAAACUGAAAUAAACGUUGUAGAAAAGCAGCACUGCAUUUGUUAUUAUUGAUUUAUCGCUGAUUUUUCUUGACUAAAAGAAAGGAAAUAAUUGUUUUACAACAAUUCUCUGAAAGACUGAUGGUAUUUCUUAAUGACAUUUAAAAUGUACACGCUGUCCAAGGUGCAGUCAUGUACCCACCACAGUUGGACAUAUGUUUCGGUCAUGCACCUCCCUCGACGACUAUUGGAGAUAGAUAUUUGAUGUAUUUUCCAAAAUCUGUGGCCAGUCCAUAACACCUGACUAUCACACAGCCAUUUCUGGCGUACCACCACCAGGCUGCAAAGUCUCAAACCUCCAAGCAAAUGCUUUGGCAUUUGCUUCCCUGCUCGCACGCAGACUCAUACUUUUUAAUUGGAAGUCAAAUUCAGCCCCGUCAUUCCUGCAGUGGUUGAGGGAUGUGCUAUCUUUUCUACCUUUAGAGAAAAUGAGAUAUAAGAUAUGUAAAGCCUACAGAAACUUUACCUUGACCUGGAGUCCCUUUAUAGAAUUUAUAGAAGGCUUUUCUUUUCAAUAAUACACCUUAAUACAAGUUGUAUUGGAUAAUUAAAGCCUCUUUAUUAUAUGCUCAAAACAUCAAAUCACUGAACAUAUAAUGAGGGGUUCCUGUCUGACUAUUUCUGUAUUUGUUUUUGUAUUCUUCUGUUUAUUUUAUUUAAUUUUGUUUA